AGUCGUUGUCUAAAAAUAUUUCAACUAGUUGUCUAAUGUCUGACUAGCAGUAUUGGUGUAUUAUUCGUGUCAAUAUGGUUACCAUUAUAGGAUAACCCUUCAUAUUUAUUUCUGUGAUUGUGGUUACAGUUCUUUAAAAAAUAUGCAACUCUAUCGUUAUUUGAUAGCAUUUGUCAUAUGUGUGAUAGAUAUAUCCGCAGAAUAUACACAGAAGUGCACAAAUACUACUUUGGAAAAUAUACACGACUCUUCAAAAUUGCUUUCUAGAAGAAAAAGGUAUCUGACAUUUCCUGAUGGAAGUUCGUUCCAAGUUGUAUUUUGUGCUCAAAACCAAGGGUACCUCCAAAUAGGAAAUGUUGUAUGGUUUGGUAACACAGCAGCUUUGGCUUGGGAAUUACCUUCGGAUCCCAAGUUCUUCGCUAUCUUCAAGGAGCACAAGAAGUUAUUCGAAAAUGGACACCGGAGGUCCGAUGUGUCUAGAUACGUCUAUUAUUUAGACGACAAUGGAAAUGUGAUUGCGAAAAAGCCUUAUAAAAGAAAACCUUUCGUUAACCCAGCGUUCGCGAAGCGAAGUGUGGACAUGAAUACUAGUUUUACGAAGAAGAAACUGCAUCAGCUGCGAAGGAAAACCGAAAUCCUGAAGAAUAUACCACCUGACUCAGUCCAGUUUCAUAGGGAAGGGAGGAAAACUCUGUAUGAGAAAAUUGAGACCUUCUUAAACAGCAUGGGGUGGAAUGGUGAUGAAUGCAUCCUAAGGUUUCUUUGCGAGGCCGGCAAGGAGAACACCCAACAAGGGGCUUUCCUGGAAGAAAUCUUUAGAGCAACUUUUUCAUUGCCUGUUGGCCCACAGUUCGAUCAAGAGAAACACAAACGAUACGACGUGGCCCACGGGAGUCGUGGAGACUGUGCGGCGAUGUACUCAAGAUGCGAAGAUGUCAACAGAUUUCCAUUGUACGAGCAAUAAAAUAUA